UUUGUCACUUCGAAAUCAAUUCAUCGAUCUAUUAAAUAAUUCUUUUUUUAUUCAUGAUAGAAACGGAUGAGAAAGUGGAAAAAAAAUAUCUCAACAAGCGGGUGAAAGUCACUAUUUUAUUGGUUGUAUGCCUCCAUAAUCCGAUAGAAAUAUAAUAUAAAAUCCAGUGAAGUUUGUACGGUUUUCAAUUUCCUGUCAAACGCCAUAAAAUGAAGUUUCAUUCAACUUUUUAUAGAAGUUUUUGUUUUUAUUUGAUUUAUUUCUUACUUCAGGCUUGAGUUAUUUUCCUUUCAUUUGUGAAAACGUGAGUGAACAGUUUUAUUUUUUUUGCCUGAGUUUUUCUAUCGUCUGUACGUUGGAACUUUCGUUUUCGCUGGGAAAAAGACUCGGGAUUCGUAGUAUCAUUCGACGCGCUGAUAUCAUCAAACGGUUAGGAUCUGCACUGAGAAAUGAAAAGUAGGGCAGAUUUCCGAUCGUAAAUUCAUUGAUCGGACAUUAUUAUAGUAUAUCGUUUUAUUUGAUUAAUCUUGUCGAGUGAAAAACAGAACAAUUUUCGUGGUGUGUUCCAUUAUGAGAAUUCAAAAAUGGAGAACGUUGGAUCAACCAAGAUAACGAUUGAAGGACAACGUUUAAUCGAUCGUGCUAAUAAAUCAUCGAGCCUCAAAGUUGGCGAUAUCGAGAUCAGAUUUGAGCCUGAAGAUCUCGAUGAGGAGUACGUAAAAAAAGCAAGAGAAGAACUCGGUGAGACUGAAGAGGUAGUCGUCCAAGCUCUCGCAGAAAUUCGUCGAUUGGUUGAAGGAGAACCGGAUCUUAAGGUACCCGAUGAUGACGAUUUUUACAAGAAGUUUUUGAGGACUUCCAAGUGGCAUGCAACUCCAGCAUUCAAUCUUAUGAAACGUUUUUACCAGUAUCGGAUCAAUCGUGAACGAGUUUGUAAAAAUUUAGUACCAAGUAAUGAACGUGCCAUACUUUCUUCUGGUAUAAUAACUCCAUUACCAUUGCGUUGUAAAGAUGGAACGAGAUUGUUACUCGUUGAGGGUGGAAAAAGAUGGAAACCGAAGGAAAUAACACUGGAACAAAUAUUCAGAGGUGUUAUGCUCUCCCUUGAGGCUGCCAGUACCGAACCAAAAACUCAAGUUGCUGGAGCUCGAGUGAUAAUUGAUAUGGAUGGUCUUACAUUAAGCCAUGUGACGUAUUACACACCAAGUUUUGCCAAUAUGGUUCUGGAGUGGGUACAAAAAUGUCUUCCUACUCGUCUCAAAGGAAUUCAUAUUAUUAACCAGCCCUAUAUCUUCAACAUGGUAUUUGCGAUAUUCAAACCUUUUAUCCAGGAAAAGCUUCGCAAACGCAUUCAUUUUCAUGGUACUGAUCGAAAGUCAUUACUGUCGUACAUCGAUGGAUUCGCCUUACCGAAGCGUUAUGGCGGAGAGCUUGAUUUUCUAAAUGAACCCAUUGGUGAGCCUUUGUGGCGUUUUUUCUGUAAUUUCGAGGAGGAAUUUCAGAUUGCCAGUACUUACGGGUACGUAAAGAAAACAUAAGAGGUAUGUGAUAAAUAAAUUUCAAAUGAACCAAAAUUGUGGAAAGAUUGUUUUUUCAUGGGCGAAAACGUUGCUGCAGGAUCGAUAGUGAAUAGAAAUUUUUGUUCCAAUUUUCAUAUCAUCAAUGUUGGAAAAAAACGAUGAGUUGAUUUGUUUCCACACAGGUUUAACGCAUAGUAAAAAAUGAUUGAGGUUACUGAAAUAAAAAAAGAUUUCCAUCCCUUUGAA